GAACAUAGGGGGUAGCGACUGUCGCUGUAGGCAUGCAGAGAAGGCAGGGGAGUGCGGGGAAACCAGCAUCAUUGAUCCGGAACAAGCAGAACGUGGGAUCAAGUGAUAUCAUCGAAUUCCUCUUUGUACGAUUCUCGCAUAAAGCCAUGUCUCCUUUGCCUCUGUCCUUUCCUGACUCCCGUCAUCACCACUUGCACUUGCACUCCCAGUGCUUAACCGUUCUUUUCCCAUGCCAGAGUUCUCCAGCACUGCUAUCACUCUUUUUAGUAAACGCGCGGCUCAGGAACAGGGUGGUCUGUUAAGCGGAAAGGAUCCCACAGAGGUCAAUAUUAAUGAUCCUAUUCGACUGUGGAUUAUACAAGUUGGCGUCAUUGUCGCGACUGCAAGUUUGCUAAGCCUUGGACUGCGUAAGAUACGCCAGCCAAAGGUCAUAGCAGAAGUUCUGGGUGGUAUUCUUCUUGGUCCUACUGCAUUUGGUCGCAUACCUGGAUUCACCGAGCAUAUAUUUCCUACGGACUCACAGCCUUACCUAUCCCUCGUGGCCAACAUUGGCCUAUGCCUUUUCCUUUUCCUCGUAGGUCUCGAAAUAGACGCGGGAGUCGUCAUACGCAAUGCCAGGCUCUCCGCUUCUAUCGGUCUGGCAGGCAUGGUUCUUCCCUUCGGUCUUGGGGCCGCUUUGUCCUAUCCCGUGUAUAAACAAUUCAUCACCGAGGAUGUCGCGUUCACACAUUUCAUGCUCUUUUCCGGCGUCGCGUUUUCCAUUACUGCCUUUCCAGUUCUUUGUCGCAUCCUCACUGAACUUAAGCUCCUCGACACGACAGUUGGCAUUGUCGUUCUUUCGGCGGGCGUAGCGAAUGACAUUGUGGGAUGGACCCUUUUGGCCCUUUCAGUGGCAUUGGUCAAUGCGGGAUCAGGCCUUACUGCGCUCUGGAUAUUGAUGGCCUGCGUGGGCUGGACCCUUUUCUUGCUGCUCGGCGUUAAAAGGGCUAUGGCAUGGUUAGCUCGGAAAACUGGAUCAAUCGAGAAUGGCCCAACCAUGUUCUUCAUGACCGUGACGAUUUUGCUGGUGUUCGGAUCGGCUUUCUUCACAGAUAUUAUUGGCGUCCAUGCUAUCUUUGGUGCGUUCCUUGCAGGAAUCAUUGUUCCUCGGGAAGGUAAUUUGGCCAUUCGCUUGACCGAAAAGUUGGAAGACAUGGUCUCGAUAAUCUUCCUGCCGCUGUACUUCACCCUGUCCGGUCUAUCGACUGAUCUGGGUCUCCUAAAUAAUGGAAUAACCUGGGCUUAUACAGUGGGUAUCAUUUUAUUGGCCUUUAUUGGCAAGUUUGGUGGUUGCACUCUUUCCGCAAGGUUUGCGGCUGGAUUUGGCUGGCGAGAAUCGGGCGCGAUCGGCUCUUUGAUGAGCUGCAAAGGGCUUGUGGAGCUCAUUGUACUCAACGUUGGAUUGUCCGCCGGAAUUCUGACACAGAGGGUUUUUUCCAUGUUCGUUCUGGAAGCCUUGACCCUCACGUUUGCUACCACACCUCUUGUCACCUUCUUCUACCCCCAGGAAUGUCGCGUUCGUGUGGCUGCAACAGGAGCCAACUUUAACAACGUUUCUGGUGGGCUCGAAGAAGGAGGUUCUUCACGAACUUCAAGGGCGAGCGAAGCUGGAUUGUCGAAGACUCGGUUCACUGUUGUUCUCGACAAACUCGAACACGUCCCAGGAAUGAUGGUCAUGGCCCAGUUGAUUCAGCCGUCUAUCCAUGCUAUCUCUACUUCGGACAACAAUGCGUCAGGGACCAAAAAGAGCAUGAUGAAACUGAAGAGCGCAGGACCUUCCAUCGAAGCACUCCGGCUCAUCGAACUCUCAGAUCGUACCUCAGCGGUCAUGAAGUCUUCGGCGGCGGAGUCGAUACUGCUCAGCGACCCUCUUCUCUCUAUUUUCAAGAUGUUUGGUCAACUCAACGAUUUGGUCAUCAGCACCGCGUUGUCCAUCGUUCCGUACGAUGACCUCUCGCAGUCUGUUGCGGACAACGCGCGGGAUAGUGGUUCUGAAAUGAUCAUGCUUCCGUGGCUUUCCCCUUCUACCUCCCAUGAUAGUUACCUGCUCGAAAACAUGGUCACAACCAAAAGCCCUCCGAAUAAUCCAUUCGAAUCUCUCUUCAGAACAAACGCCCCUACAGAUCAAUCCGCAGUAAUACAUUCGCAUUUCGUUAGAGGAGUUUUCGCUCAUAGUAAAACUGACGUCGCGCUCUUCGUUGACCUAAGCACUCCUGGAAUGCCCAUUGGAAGCUCCCAUCAUAUAUUUCUUCCUUUCUUCGGCGGUCCUGAUGAUCGUUUGGCAUUGGACUUUGUUGCUCAGCUCUGCGAAAAUCCGAAGACCACUGCGACUAUUGUACGUGUGACGAAACGAGACGUAGAAGUUCCUAUGGCGUUUGUCGAGGCAGCUCAUCUCGGCAAUGAGAAGGGAGCAGUUGAGCGCACCGAGCUCACUAUUACAUCAGUUGCAAAUACGUUCCCAGAUACUGUCUACGGACACGCCACGACAGAAACCCGAAUGCAGUCCGAAACGGCGGACAACAUCAUAUGGGCCCGCUAUGCAUCACCCUCAGAAACCUCUGUCUACCCCACCCAAGAAGCACUCAAACGAAUGAAAUUCCGAGAGCUGUCUUCACCUAUACCUUUGCAUGCUAUCUUAGCAGCUGCAAAUGAAGAGAUUGAGGUGAUGAAGGGUAAGCGCAUGCUAACUUUGAUUGGUCGCUCGAGGAGACUGGCGGUGGAGAAUCAUGCUAAAGAGAUCAAAGAGUUGAUGGAUGAGCAUGGACAUGUCGGACCAGAGGUAAAAAAGACUAUCGGGGAUGUAGCGACCUCGUUUGUCUUGUCGAGAUGUGUGUCGGGCGUAAUUGUUGUCCAGGCCGCAGCAAUUCAGGACUGAGUCAAAUGCAAGAGUAUACUUAUGACUUGUGACGAUUUUACGAUACUUAUGAUGGACGUAGGAUGG